AUGAAGCGCCCACCUACGCGCCCUCCCACCGCUCUCCACCUCGCCACGCGCCCUCUGCCGCUCUCUCCCCGCUCCCUCUGCCGCUUUCUCGCCUCGCUGCCGACGCACCACCGCAGCGCCACCAUGCCGCCGCGCCGCCGGGGAGUUUCGGGCUACUGCGGUGUCCGCACGCGCCCUUGCGGCGCCCUCUCCGCCGAGAUCCGGUCCGGCGACAUGCGCCUCGGCCUCGGCACCUUUGACACCGCCCACGAGGCCGCUCGCGCAUACGACAUGGCGGCGUGGCGCCUCCGGCAGUCUCGUACGGACAUGAGCUUCCCGGAGGACGUCAUCAACGAGCAGCAGUUCUUCACGCAAAGGAGGGCGGAGCGAGCCACCUAUCGCGAGGACCGGCGUACGCAGAAGGCGGCCGCUCAAUUCAACAUCGAGCUAGGAGCAGCGUCGUCCUGGGACUCCGAAGAUGAUCGGUACUGUGACGCCUUCAUUAAGACGUCGGAGGAGGACAUCACUGAGGCGGAGUCCGAGUCGGAGGAGGAUGACGAGGAGUAG